CGAUCUCCUCCCUCCGCUCCAAAAUGUGGCGCCGCCACCUCCUCCGCCGCCUCCUGCCGUCUCCGGCCACCGCCGCCGCCGCCGCAACUACCUCCCCCUUGCCCGUGAUCCGCCGCCUAUCCACCGCCGCGGGCCCCAGCCCGACGGCGUCGCUCGCAUCCUCCCUCGCGGGGGCGCUCGCCACGCUCUCCUCCACCCCGCCCCCGGCCACAUCCCCGGACGCCUACUUCACCCUCCACUUCUCCGACGUCCGCCCCACCAACGCGCUGCUCGCCGAGACGCUCGCCCUCUCCCCGCCGGCCACGUCGCGGGCCGCCGCGGACCUCUUCCGGUUCCUCGUCCUCCGCCGCUCGCUCCACCCCUCCGACUCGGCACUCGCGCUCGUCGUCCGCCACCUCGCCCGCCGCCACGACUUCCCCGCGGUGCGGUCGCUCGUGCAGGAGUUCCCCUCCGCGCUCGGGCCCGCCACGCUCGACGCCUACCUCCUCCGCCUCGCCAGCGCCGGCCGCCCCACGGAUGCGCUCAAGGUGUUCGACGAAUUACCCCAGCAGCUUCGCACGCGCGAGGCGCUCACUUCUCUCGUCUCCGCCCUCUCGGCCGAGGGCUGGCCCUCGCAUGCGGAGCGUGCUGUCAAGAAGGUCGCUAAUGAGAUCUUCCCUGAUGACAAUAUCUGCACUUUCUUGGUAUCCGGCUAUGCCAAUGCUGGGAAGCUUGACCAUGCUCUAAGGUUGAUUGGUGAGACUCGCCGUGGUGGGUUUCAGCCAGGACUGGAUGCCUACAAUGCGGUUCUUGAUUGUAUCUGCCGGCUCUGUCGCAAGAAGGACCCAUUGAGGAUGCCUGCGGAGGCAGAGAAGUUCUUAGUUGACAUGGAGGCCAAUGGCAUUCCCCGCAAUGCAGGUACCUUCCGGGUGCUGAUCACCAAUCUUUGCAAGAUUCGCAAGACUGAGGAUGCAAUGAAUCUGUUCCGGCGAAUGGGUGAGUGGGGAUGCUCACCAGAUGCCGACACCUACUUGGUGCUUGUGAAAAGCUUGUACCAGGCUGCCCGGAUUUCUGAAGGUGAUGAGAUGAUGACAUGGAUGCGGUCUGCAGGGUUUGGUGAUAAGCUCGAUAGAAAGGCAUAUUAUGGGUUUAUCAAGAUUUUAUGUGGGAUUGAAAGGGUUGAGCAUGCUGUCAAGGUGUUCAGGAUGAUGAAAGGAUAUGGGCAUGCACCUGGGACAAAGUCAUAUAGCUUGCUGAUCGAGAAGUUGGCUAGGCAUAACUUAGGAGAUCGUGCAAAUGCACUGUUCAGGGAAGCAGUGGCACGGGGUGUGACUGUGACCCCGGGUGUCUAUAAGAUUGAUAAGAAAUAUGUGAAGGUAAAGAAGGAGAAGAAGUUGAAGAAGAGGCCGACUUUACCAGAGAAGAUGAGAUUGAAGAGCAAGAGGUUGUACAAGCUUAGAAUGAGCUUUGUUAAGAAGCCUAGGCGUCGAAUGCUCCGGGGUUGAGCAGGCCUUGGUUGGAGCGGAUGAUCAUGGAAAGGGAGAACCAGAAAGAGGCCAUUUAUGAUUUUGAAGAGCAGAAAUUUGGCGUCCUUCAUUUUUGCCGCCAUUAUGAGUGGCUAACCGAAAACAACAUUUUUCUGAUCGGAAGGCCUCGUGUGGUUUCUAUCUCUUCAAUUGCUGACACUUUGUUAUGUUCUGCACAACGCCUUGUGUUUCAUUAACACAAAUAAUGAAUGUAUCAUUUCACUUAAAUUUAUGUUCACCACAUUGUUGAGAGGAAACCUCUAGGGUACGAUGAGGCAAACUUGUUGCAGAUCCGUUGUUGAUAUCGUUUGAGCAAUGUUUUAUACAUCAUCCUGCCGAAACUACCAACUCGAUCCUUUCACCUGUGUGAGAAUGUGCUCACAGAAGAGCUUGAAUGCAUGAGCUCUGAUCAACAAUUCCAACUCCACUCAGCUGGAAAAUGGCAUAUUGCUGUGGGACCUUCUACUUAUCUGCUGCCGAUUGAUUGAUUGAUGCUGAGUCACGUCAGAAUUUAGGUCUCGGCGAUUGGGUUCUGCCCGGAUGAGCUGAAACAGUUGAGGAGAUCACCGGUGCACAUUUGGCUUCCUUUUCUCAGAUUUCCAUCAGGCAGGCAAAUGCCAUUCAUCCAUCUCUGCUUGCUUUUGUUCCAGGAGCUGGGGCACUUGUUUUGCGUGCACUGGUUCUUCUUUUUCUGCUGGAGAAAAAGCUGUAAUCUCACAGGCCAAUCUUGGAUCAAGUGAUACCAUCCACAUCAUGAUACAAGGGACUAUCACUUUGCUUGGAGAUAGCAAAAACAAUGGGCUUCUGGGACCCUUGCUGUUGCUCCCUUUGUCCUCAUUGGCAUAGUUUGAUGCACCAACAAGUGCUUUGAUGAGAGGCAACUGGAAAAGAAGAAGGCAAAAUACAGGCAAAUCAAAAAGGGGUUUUGAUCUGAAUUGUUAGCUUCUAAGUAAACAAAUAAAUUCUGCUGGGUAAUCUGAGGUAAGAAUUCAUUGUUGUCUGCUUUACGUGGUUCAAGCAUCAACUUUAAGACCAUUUUUGCAGCCUAUAAAUUUUUUUAUCCAAGUCUUAGGGAAAUUGAACUAUUCCCUCUCAAAAACGGGGGAUUUCCUGCUGAAUGUAUGAUGGCCUUUCGGAGGCUGGGCUUUAGCAUUUCCAACCAAAUUACAGCAGUAAUUAAUCCAUGUAAAUUUCUUUUCACCCUUGUGGUAUACUAGUUCAACUGCAUUACUGCAAAGAAAGAUGAUAAAGUG